AGGUCAGUCGAAUCAGAAGUCAGUCGGGAAUCAAGAAUCAAUCUACAAGUCAGUCUCGUUCCAAUCUCAGUCUCGUUCAUACAUCGUUACUAAGUCGUUUCUAUAUCUUUAAUAAAUCUUUACUAUAUAAUUCUAAGUCCCAGUUAUUCUUAAUCCUAAGUUAAAUAAAUCUUAUUGUUAAUUCUAACCAAUUAUAUCGUGUUGUGUAAAUAAAAUCGUUUUUUAAAAAGCUCUAUCCACGGUCCCGUAUAAUAUUGGUGGCAGCGGUGGGAUACGAAAAUCCCCUACCCGAAUACGUUUCCGAAGAAUAAUAUUAUCGAAGAAUUAAUAAAGUGAAUUCUAACAAGUGCAAUUAAAUCAAAGUGAAAAAUAAGUAAAAUUAAAAGUUUAAACAUAGUGGAAGUGCAUCAAGAAAAUCAACAUCCAGCCUGUUCCAAGCACAGGCCUUCUGCAUCAACCAGCAUCCUACUCAUCACCGUCAUCAUCCUCACUGGCACACAGGGGUGUGUCUCCAGCAUACAAUGAACACAAAUGCAAGAUUAUUCAUCACUCUAUCACUACUCCUUGUCUCGUCCCAGGCGCAACCGGAAAUGCCGUUCAGCAUUUCGUUCAGCCGCUUCCUUCUAGCUCCGACAUCUACUUUGAUAAGAUAGGGAAAUUAAAAAUAAUUAGAGGUAAAUUAGACGUUGUUAGCCACAUAGAUAUUUCUUAUAUUGAACCACACUUAACUAAUCUUAACGAAAUUCUAAAAACUGUAGAACUUAUAUGUCAACAAUCGAAUAAUCUUUAUUGCGAUAACACGUUGUCUCCUUUAACAACCCGUUUCAAUGACAUCAAACGUGAAUAUGACUCAAUCUCCCAUUUAAUAUCUAAACGUAAUAAACGUUCCGCGUGGUUUAGUGCAGUAGGCACUGUAUUCAAACACAUCUUUGGUACUAUGGACGAAGAAGACGCCAUAAAAUACGACUCCGCCAUAACCUCGGUUCAAAAGGACGAAAAGGAACUCGCCCAACUCCUAAAAGAAAAUAUUUUAAUAACAACUACCUCAUUUAAUACAUUUAAUAAAACUAUAAGCAAAAUAAAAUACAACGAGGAAAUAUUAAAUAACGCAUUAAAUACAAUAUUAAACAAUACAAAUAAAAUCACCAAUGACUUAUUAAUUGAAUCAAAGGUCCAUUCAGUAUUUAGUAGCCUCGAAGCUUCGUUACUCGCCUUAUCAUUCCAAUUGGAGGACAUAACCAACUCCAUUGUUCUAAGUAGCCAAAACAUCCUACAUCCGAGUGUUUUGUCCCCGACGCAACUAUACAAAGAACUCAUUGAUAACGAUAGGCACCUACCUAGAGACACAGGGAUACCCAUAGCAUUAAGCAUAAAUAAUAUUCAUUUAAUUUUAAGUAUUUCCGAUGUUUCGUGUUAUUUUAUAAAUAAUAAAAUUGUUUUAUCCUACCAAUCCCUCUUACAAUGAAUGAACAAUUUAACCUAUACCAUAGCAUAGCUCUACUUAUUCCUCAUAACCUAACCAGCCUGAACAUCUUUAGUUUAAUCCUACCUUCAACUCCCUACAUCGGAAUAUCUAAUUAUAAGUUAAGCUACUGUAAUUUAGAUAAUAUUAAUAAUUGUAAGUCUAUACGCUCUGAGUUCUACCUGUGUAAAGUCCCGACCAUAUCAUUAACAAGUGGUAACCCUACAUGUGAAAGUGAACUUCUCACUAAGACAUUCAGUGCUCUACCCGUUCAGUGCGAAACUAAAACACUAUAUAGUGAAAUGGACAUCUAGAAACCACUAGUGAACAAUCGGUGGAUUUUUGUGCAAUCUCGUCCAAAUAGGAUAACCAUCGACUGUGGUAUCUCAGGAUUAAAAGAGCCAAUCAUACUCGGUACGGGUAUCCUAAAUAUUCCCGCACAGUGCACAGUGUAUACAAAGAGCACAAGGCUCGUGUCGUCUGACGACACUUUGAACAUUAAUAUUCCUACGCCUAGAUUAGAUUUUAAUAUAAUUAAUGAUCCCUGUUGUAAACCUAAUGUAUCCUCUAGUAUUAAAAAAUAUACAUCUCCUAUUUUACUACAAAAUAUAGACCUAGAUGAUUUCACAAAUAAUAAACAAAAUUUAGAAAACCUUUCGAAACUUGAUAAUAUAAUUAAUAAACCCUUGGUAGUAAAAUACGGGACACACCAUACAACGCUAACCUCUGUUAUAUUAAUAAUUAUUGUUAUAUUCAUAGCCUUUAAAUGUUACAAAUUUAUAAUGUCUAGAUUUAAGAAUAAUUCAAAUACUAAUGUACCAAUUUCGACUCGUAACGAUGAUGAUAAUCAUUCCAUUUCACAACGCGAGGAUUCAACAAUACCAGCACCCCGGUUAAGAGAAGUCGCAUAAACUAUAAUAUUCUGAAGCUCGGUUAUUUUCCCGAUCUUCAGUUUUCCGCGGGGGGGCUGUUAUACCCCAUCAAUGUUAGGAGAUCGGUUAACGCAUCUCUUUAACGCUGCUGCGUCAGCACCAUAAAGCCUAUAUAACCGACCUCCCGACAAACGCCCACAGGUCAGUCGAAUCAGAAGUCAGUCGGGAAUCAAGAAUCAAUCUACAAGUCAGUCUCGUUCCAAUCUCAGUCUCUUUCAUACAUCGUUACUAAGUCGUUUCUAUAUCUUUACUAAAUCUUUACUAUUUUUUUUUUAUAGUACAAGGGUGACAAACGAGCACACAGUCCACCUGAUGGUAAGUGGUUGCUGCGGCCCAUAGACAUCUACAUCUAUCCUCUGUUACAAAUUAAAAUGUAGAUGCGUUGUCACCCGUGAGGACUAAGAUGGAAUGCCUCAUUUCCAGUUAAAAGGGCCUCCGGCCACCUGCACUCACCAAGCGAAACGCAGAGGUAAACCUCUACUUCACGCUGGUUUUCUAAGUCCCAGUUAUUCUAAAUCCUAAGUUAAAUAAAUCUUAUUGUUAAUUAUAACCAAUUAUAUCGUGUUGUGUAAAUAAAAUCGUUUUUUAAAAAGCUCUAUCCACGGUCCCGUAUAAUAGUACGAAACCAAUCCAAUUGCAGAGAGGUUAAUGACAGGGUGACGUCAUAUCCCCGACACUCUUUACCGCUGCAUUGGAAGAUGUUUUCAAGCUUCUGGACUGGAAAGGAUACGGUAUCAACAUCAAUUGCGAGUACAUCACUCACCUUCGAUUUGCCGACGAUAUAGUCCUUAUGGCCGAAUCGCUAGAGGACCUAAACACCAUACUCAAUGACCUCAAUAGUGUCUCCCAACGAAUAGGUCUUAGGCUGAACAUGGACAAAAUAAAGAUCAUGUUUAAUGUCCAUGUCACACCUAUGCCGGUAUUUUUUGGGAGCACUAAGCUAGAAGUUGUUGACGAGUAUGUUUACCUGGGACAAAUAAUCCGACUAGGUAAGUCCAACUUCGACCGAGAGGUCAAUCGACGGAUUGAACUCUGGGCUGGGCAGCGUUCGGGAAACUACGACACAUCUUCUCGUUAGACAUACCUUAAAACCUGAAAACGAAAUUACCAGUGCGUGUUGGCAGUAACGACUUACGGAUCUGAGACGUGGUCCUUCACUGCUGGCCGUAUAAGGAAGCUCAAGCUCGCUCAGCGAGCUAUAGAGAGUGCUAUGCUCGGGGUUUCUCUGCGUGAUAAACUUAGAAAUGAGGAUAUCCGCAGUAGAAUCGGUCAUAUGGCUUUAAGAACCGACAACCGAUGGGAAAGAAAAGUUCUCGAGUGGCAGCCUCGUACUGGUAGGCGAAGUGUAGAGCGACCCCCCACUAGAUGGAGUGACAACCUGGUGAGACAUGCAGGAAUUCGAUGGAUGUAGGUGGUUCAAGACCGUGCUUUGUGGCAUUCCUUGGGGGAGGCCUAUGUUCAAUAGUGGACUUGUGAAGGGUUGUAAUGAUGAUGAGUCAUUCUACUCAACGAUAAGUCUUUUUUCUAUCAAAAACAAAAAUAUGUCCAAGUAAUAAAUAUUUUUAAAUAUUUUUCACUGAACGAUUUCCUUAUCGCUUCACUUUACCCUACAGUGCUGAAAAAAAUGUAUGUGACAGUUUUGUACAAGAACAUUAAAAAAUAGCUUGUUUGAUGGUGGUUUCGGAAAGAUACAACACUUGUGCAUUUUUUAUUAAAAUAAUGAAAAAUAUGCUAUUUAUUUAUUUAUUUAUUUAACAAUUUAUGUACACACAAAAAUAAUGUUAUAAUG